GUUGGCUCUGAGCUACGUGAACUGACCACACGUGAAUGGUUGUGGAAUUUAUUGUGUUCUUUGUCGGAGCACGACUUGUUGUCUUCCGCUGCCCUGCAGCCAAUCAGAAGUGGGCCGCGUCCGUCCACGCGCCUCGCAAGAUGGCCGACAGAGAUCAGGAGGGGCCGGGGGAGACGGGAGAGGACACAGACGAGCUGCUUUACUCUGAUGUGGAGGCAGAGGUCCGGGGUUCGGGGCCCGCUCACGCCCGGCCGCCCCGGGACCACUGCGACCUCCUCCUGGACGCCAUCGACGCCCAGCUGAGCCGCUUACAGGCCCAGAGCCAUGUUGUCAGAGCCAGAGAGGAUGGUGGGAACAGUAAGAGAAUGACUCACAACAGCACAGCGCUCGGUCAGAGUCAGUCUGUGAGCAAGGACACCGGGUUUGGGAGUACCCUCCACACCAAUGCCACCUCCACCCCCCCUCUCGACGUGGGACACUCCGUCUCCGAGACUCCAGACCUCUCCUCAGAGAAGCAGUCAGGAAGCAGGGGCCCUGACUCUGCAGAACAGGAGGAGGAGGAGGAGGAGGAAGAGGAGGAUGAUGGGGGAGCGGCGGCGGGGGAGGCCGAAGAGGACUCCGAGCGGAAGCGGUGCCUCUGGAGGCUGGAGCGCCUGCUGGGACGGGCGGAGGGCGGGUACGGGAGCCCGCCGCCCCGCAGAGAGGACAGCGUCCGCACCGAGGACUUCGCCGCCCGCUUCAGGGAGGAGAUGCUGGAGCCGCUGGGCGGAGUCAGAGCCGAGGGGGCGGGGCCUGGGAGCGGGAGCUCAGGGGAGGAGCCAGCGGGCGGAGUCAGAGCCGAGGGGGCGGGGCCUGGGGGCGGAGCUCCACUGGGUCUCUGUGAACAGAGCACACAAGCACAGCACUCCCAACUCCCACCACCAGGGGGCGAUAGUGAGCAGUCAGGAGACACAGCCUCUGAGCAGGUUGAACUGUCCCAGGGCCAGCCACCCCAGGGAUGUAAAAAACGCAGUGUCCACCAGGAGUCCCGUCCCAUUGGAGGAAGGAGUGUCAGCAUGACUGCUUUAACAGAUUCAACCCCGCUAUGUGUCCACAAGAGGCCUGGGACUGCCCCAACCAGCGAUGGGACCAACUGGACCAGUACACCCCAUGCAGAGGGGUCAGGAGGUUUCGGUUCCGCUCCCGGCCCCCCCAGCAGCAGUGGCACCGGUGUCCUGACAGCGUCCCGGUCCAGUGUGAUCACCGCGGAGACAGAGGGUGUCACGGGCCCCCCCGCCCGUCCCGCUGUCAGACACCUGGCAGGCGUUCCUGUGAAGAGCUUCGACUCGGUGACCAUCGACAGCGACCUGGACUCGGUGCGCACCGACCGGGUCCGGGAACACUUCCGGAAGGCUCUCCGCUGCGGUGCAGCGGUCAGGUGUGCCCAGGGGAACCUGUACCUGGAGGACCUGUGUACUGACCAGAGUGACCCUGACCUGCUGCUGGAGCCAAGGUCAAAGUUCAGCCUGCAGGCUCUGAGGCGGAAUGUUCCGGAUGGAAGCCGGCGAGUCAGAGCACCCCAUAACUCCCGGAGGGGACCCCCCAGCGCUGUGGUCAGGUACGACUGCUCAAACGAUGAGGAAACUGACGAGGAAGAGGAGGCGGAGGAGGAGGAGGAGCAAGAGCACACGGGCCUCUCAGGACUGGACCACAGAGGGCUGGUGCAGAAGAACAGCGCCCCCUGGAGGAGACGGCCCGGCCGGUUAAGACGGCCGCACUUACGCACGUUGACUGGCGGGUGGCUGGAGGCGAUGAGCGUAGACCGGCUGCUGCUGGAGGAAGCUCUCCACGCUCUGAGACAGAACUGCCUAAGGGAGGAGGAGAGGUUGAAACAGAAGAGGGAACAGCUACAUGAUACGGAAUUGUCCCUCACUACAUUACUGCAACAGAAGAAGCAUGCCUUGCAGGAGUUGGAGUACGCCCAGGAGAGGGCGGAGCAAGCCGAGCGUGAGGGGCGGGGCCUGGAGGCCAGCCUGAGAGACAGCCGGACGCUGGCGGACAGCACCAGGUCGCAGCUGCGCGUGCUGCAGGCCCAGAGGGACGCCCAUGCGCAGGAGCUGCGCGAUCUGGAGGAGGAGCUGAUUGCGCUGCGCAGGCACAAGGGGGCGGAGGCAGAGAAGCUCUCCUCUCUGUGUCAGAAGCUGCACGCCAGCGGUUUGUCCGUCCUGGAGAGGGAGGAGCUGGACAGACAGCUGGACAGCGCCAAGACGGAGCUGUUCGCCGAGCGGCGCCGGGCCCGGCACAAACUGGACUCCCUGCAGGAGAGGCUGGAGGAGACCCAGCAGGAGCUGGAGCAGUGUGGGGAGGAGGUCAGGGUCCUGAGGGCGAGUCACAUGGGUCUGGAGGAGGAGCUCACUGCUGCCCAGAGACAGAGAGAGGACCUGGAGCAGAGGAGGAGGGAGGAGGCGCAGGCCCACGAGGCGCAGGUGCAGGAGCUGCAGGGCCGGCUGGGGGAGCAUGGGGGCCGGGUCGGGGCUCUGGAGCGCCUCCUGGCCCAGCAGGAGGUGCGGCAGCAGGAGGCGCAGGAGCAGCUGGGGGCCCUGCAGGAGGAGAAGAGGAGCCUGGAGGCGCAGCUGCUCUCCCAAAGGGAGGAGCACCUCGCCGAGCUGAGGGAGACGCAGGAGCAGGCGAGGAGACGCAAGGAGCUGGAGUUGGAGCAGCUGAGGUCGGAGCUGAGCUCUGCGGGGCAGCAGGAGGUUCAGCAGGUUUUGGGACGGGCGGAGGCGGAGAAGCGGGAGGCCCUUAAAGAGCAGGCCCUGUCCCACGCUCAGCGUACAGACGCCCUGCGGGCUCGCGUUCAGCUGAUGGAGGAAGAGCUGAGGAAGCUGACGGACGCCCUGGAAAGACAGGAGGAGGCGGCGAAGACGUGGGAGGAGGAGCUUCGGAAGGAGGCGCAGGAGACGGUGCGCCAGGCCCUGGACCAGGAGCGCAGGAAGUGGGAGGCGCAGAAAGGGGAGGAGCUCCGGGUGCAGCAGGAGGCGCUGGAGGAGCAGGGCCGGCGGGCGGUGGAGCGGAUGAGCGAGGAGGCGGAGAGAGAGAGGAGGAACUCCCUGGCGCUGCAGAACAAGAUCGUGGAGCUUCAGACGCGCAUGCAGGAGCAGGAGAGCGACGCCCGGCUGCAGCAGAGGGAGCAUGCGGCUGCUCUGACUGCGCAGCUCGGCGCUCUGAGGGACGAGCAGCAGGACGAGCUGCAGCAGCUGCGCAGACAGCUGGAGCAGGAGGCGCAGAGGGAGGUGUCCCGGCUGCAGCUGGCCGUGCAGGAGGCCCAGGAGGAGGCCCAGGCCCUGCGGGCGGUGCUCUCCUUGAGAAGGGGGCGGAGUCCGGAGGAAGGGGGCGUGUCGAGGGCGGAGCUGCAGCAGAGGGGCUGGGCCACAGAGAUGGGGGCGGAGUGCCAGCGAUUGCAGGAGCUGCUGGAACACUGUGGAGCCACUGGGGGCGCUGUUCAGCUCCCACACAAUCCUACGGUGGCCCAGGUGGCACAAACCUUGCGUUCUAUGAGAGAGCAGCUGUACACCCUAGUCAGCCGUCUGCAGCAGGACCUGGACACGCAGAGGCACAAGACCCAACAGCUAGCCCGAGACAAGGAGCGGGAGCUGCGCACUCAGAGCGAGCGGUUGACUGUGGAAAGGGAGCAGGCCCUGGACUCACUGAAAGAGCGGCUGAUUCAGGAGCACAUUGAGGAGCUGAGCAGCAUGCAGAGGACCCAGCUGCGGGACAGCAGCUGCGAGCCGGGGGGCGUGGUCGCGUCGCUACGGCGACAGCUGCAGGAGAAGGACGGCGAGCUGCGGGAGGUGCAGAGGAGCAUGGGGAGGUGGAAGGAGCAGACCGCCACCCGCCUGGCACGCAAGUUUGAGGAGGAGCUGACGGCCGAGCUGGAGAGAUGCAAGGCACAGUUACUAAAGGAGAGACGGGUCCCGAGGACCAGAACGGACCAGCAGAGGAAACUGCAGCGUCUGGAGACUGAGAUGAGGCAGCUGACCGCGGAGUACGGAGACCCAGGGGUACUGCGUUCCACCUCCACCCCCUCCCUCCUGUCUGCGGACCCCCCCGCCGCCCCCGGCCCCCCCGACCUGGCCACGUUCAAGCUGCUGCGCCACCUGCAGAGCCGCGUGAGACAGCUGCGUGCGGAGAACUCUGUGCAGAGCUGCAGCCCCACGCACCUGGGCCCGUACCUGAACACACACCCGAGCGCGUACCUGGGGACGCACCUGAACAUGCACCUGGGCACUGCGGGGGAGCUGGCAGGAUCAUACCUGGAGACGAUCGGUCCUGCUUCAGAGCGCUGUCACACCAGGACCCGAACCCACAGCAGGACGGUCCCGAACUGAGCUGGAGCUCCAGGGAGAUACAGACAUGGGACUGUCCCACCCCACCCCACCCCACCCACUCACUCAGAGACUGGUGCUCCCCCCCCAAAGUCACGCACGUAAGGUACGGUGCACUGUAGAACCGCUGUGGUCCGGUCGUUUCAAAAAGAGGACUGCUUGAAAAGCACAAAGUCUCACCUCUCACUCACAGGAUGACUGCGGGAUCCGGUGGUCUCACCCACGCCCCCCCCCAGGGGCCUCGCCCCCACGCCCACGGAGGCCUUGACCCCACAGUCAGGACAUCCCGUAAAAUACCUGAGCACGCUCCGAACACACCCGAGUUUCGCCAGGUUUUUUACUGCCGCAGUUAAAGGCCGGGAGGGUACAGCCUGACGUCAGACCGCGGCAAUAUCCCAGAGGCCUCGCCGUCUUUCACACGCGGCGCGAACGCUCAGCGCCCUGACCGCGCGCUCGUAAAACGGUCAGUCACCCCGUGCGAGGCAGCAGACGGAUGCCGCUUGAGUGGCGGGUGCAUCGGGUUCGCAGUUAAAGGGCCGGUCACAUGACUCUGUGUGACUCCCGAGCGCUCCUUUUAUCGUCUUUUUUUGAAAUCGUUCAAAAUAUUCAAGCGAGACAACUGCCAAAUCAACGCAGUUUUAAGUGCAAGCGAGGUUUUACUUCAAUAAUGAUUUCUUCCCCGUUUCAUGGUACACUUUUCCUAAUAAAGCACGCAGACACGGUAUUUUGUCAUUUCAAGUUUAAUUUAAAAAAAAAAAAAAAA